ACAACCUGCUAACUAUUUUAGCAAUCCAUGAUAAAUUAUAACAUUUUGGUAGCUGGAAAAUAUGAUUUUGGUUGAUUGUACACAUAUCCAUGGAUAUUUCUGAAUUCACCAUUGUUCAAACUUCAUAGCCAGAUAGAGAGAAAGUGGAAAGUCAACGUGCGGAUAUUAAAUAGUUACUCUACACUGUAGAUAGCUUAGCCACAGUUAGCUAACUGCUAGCAGACAGCAAUAACAAAGAUACUGGUAGUCUGGGUCAGUGUGUGCAAACGCAGCUGUAACACCUCGGUGACGACACAAAAUGUGUAGCUAAAAAGUAUAAACAAGUUGUGACUCCGUUUCAUUAGAAAAUAACUGGCUAAAGAGAAGAACGCAAUGGAAAUCCAUAAAUGCAUUGUUAGAGGAUGCGCCAAUCAAUCGGACGCAAUUAUUCAUUACAGUUUACCAGAGGAGCCACAGAGACGCCAACAGUGGCUACAGUUUAUCAAGGGAAGCAACCCUGGAGCGCAAAUAACAGAUGUUUCCCGUUUAUGUGGCGACCACUUUACAGAAGAGUGCUUCACAAAACUUGAUCUCGGUUUCACCACGAGGUUAAUAUUAAAUCUUGACGCAAUCCCAACGAUUUAUUCCACUGAUAAAACAUCGGUUUAUCGGCAAUACACAGUGUCCGCUGAGAGUGCGAAGGGGACUGGGAUGUUGGAAGUAAAAAUGGCUGGCAUCAAGGAGGAGCCAGUGGACAGGGAGUUGGAUUCGCAGGUGAAUCCCUGGAACAAUUCGUUGGGUUCAAUCAAUAAAUUGUUUAGUUCAAUCAAAGAGGAAGAUGUUGGAGAGGAUGAGAGCAUUGCAGAGAGCUAUGACCAGAUUAGAGUGGUGAAAAUAGGAGACUCACACACAGGAGAGAGGAAGGAAGAGGGAGGAGAGUAUGGGAUGGAAUACUCACACAUUCACCCAGAUGAAGGAGAGGAGGGAGGCUAUGAUGCCAUGGUAACAGAGAUUCACGGGAAAGAGAAAAUGAAUGUGAUGGAACGUGAGGUGGAGGGAGUGUUUGUGAUAGAAAACUCAAAUCCAGAGGAGGAGGAAUGUAGAGAAUAUGUAGUAGGGGAGGAGGAGGGUUGGAGGAUGGAGGAAGGAGGAGAGAGCAGGACGGAAGAGAUGUGGGGGAAAAAGGGGAGACGGAAAAAGCUUCCCGGGCCGCAGUGGUGGAGAUAUGAGCAAGAGAGGAGGAAGACCGAGGAAGACGAAUGGAAGAUGAUUGCAGAGAGGGCAAGGGAGGAAGAGAGGGAGAGACAGAAAGGUCAGACUGUGGAGGGGAAGAAGAGAGUGGCAGGGUUCCGCUGCCCACAGUGCAGCAACACCUUCCAGUCCCGAAGCGAGUUACUGGAGCACAAGACCGGCUGCUGCACUGACGCGAAACACGCCUGCCCAGUGCCACUCUGCCCCCAACGCAACCCAUCCAAGGGGUCCCUGAGGACUCACAUCUGCUUCCACCAUGUAAAGGAGGACAACAAGGAGGAAAAGGACUUGGAUGCUAUCCGGAAACCCAGAGGAGCCGGGGAGCAUCAGAAUAAAUUCCAACCCAACCAUAAGAAGAAAUUCUUCUGCUCCCUCUGCAACACAUACUACAGAAACCAGAUCGUCCUCGACAAACACUCUCGUAGUCACACCAGUUUCCGCAAAGUAAUGUUGUGCUGCUCCUUCUGCUCCGUGGAGAUCCUGAAUAAAUUCUCGAUGAAAAAGCACUACAACACGGAACACCCGGGCAGGGUCCCGCGCUGUGAGAUGUGUGAAAGAAACUUCCCCUCGAUCGACAGCUUCCUAAUACAUCAGGUUAGACACGUGGCCGUGACUCCCUACUACUGCUAUGAGUGUCGUAUCUACCAGCUGACCCAGAGGGGCCUCACUGUCCACCUGAAAAACCACGCUCUCAGACGCAACCAGGUGCAGUCUGGGAAACUCAACAAACCUGACAAUACAGGUCAUCAUAGUACAGCCCCUCUGAAGAAAAGCCCCUCCCCUCUACCCAACAACCCUGCACCUCUACAAGAUAACCACGCCCAUCUACAAGACAUCAAAGAAGAAGAAUUAAUAACCAUAUAAAUACAAUCUCAAUCUAGUGCUGUGCUUUUAACCCCUCCCCUUUGUCCGAUAACCAUGCCCCUCCUCUGACAUGAAAAACUGACCUGGGAACUUUAUUAGUGAAUAUUUCUAUACAGGAGAACACUGAGACUGGGAUGAAAUCAUCUAACUAAAGAACAGCUAGUACUUGGUUGUUACAGUAAAUGAAUUCUGAAGCUGUUUGCUUUAUCGAUACAGACGGAAUGGGAGAAAUGACCUUCAAGCUAACUGUCAUUUAGAGAGAGAGUUUAGGUUUGUAACGAUGGGAUUCUUAUUGGAUAUCAGAUUGAAGCCAAUUUGUGCAGUAUUUGUUUGUCACUUUCACAUUGAAGGCCAUGCGUCUUCAAAGCGUUGUAAGCCAUUUGUAAACCCCAUAAUAUCCUACGUUAAAUGUAUUUAGCCUUAAUUUCUGUCAUUCAUUCUAGAGAUAAUUCAGUUGAAUCUUUUGUAUUGUCCUUUAUCAAUUUAGAUUUAGAGAAUUGUCUUACACAACAUUAGCUGUAAGUAGCUUUACGUAAAAUGUGAUAGUCGCAAAUGUAUACAAAUGUAAUUAAGUGUUUCUGAGUUAACAUUUGGGUUGGUAUUGAGUUGUAGAGUAUAUUAUUAGCCCAUACAUGAUCCUAUGAGGUUUACAUGUUUGUUCGUUCUGGUUCUGCACCUUCCUCUUCAUCAGCACUUGUUUAUUUCUUACAGUACUCCAGGGUUAGUAGUACAGCACUAUGGGUAGGGUGAAAGGGUGCAACAUACCCAUAGAAAUGUGUUGUAUAGAACAUGUAUCUUUUUAAAAACAUAUGGAUUGUCUGUCAUGUAGAAUAGGGAAUUGUGUCAACUCUAGUACAUUUCUAUCUACACCAGAUGUAUACAUUAGGAACUCUCUGGGCCAAUGAAAAGGAGAACUCUCUCUGGGCCAAUAGGAAGCCAAGUGAACUUUCUCUGGCCAAUAGCGAUUAGACCGGAAUGCCACUGUAGCCCUGUCAUCCAGGAGCCUUUUGAUGUCGACUGGUUCCAUUACUGAACAUCUUUGAUGCAUUGUUCUCUACACUAUUGACUGUAUGUUGUCUGAAUAAAAAGCCUUUCUGUGGUAUUUACUGGUCAGUGAAAAACACAAUUGUAUACUGAAGGUAUUUUUAUUAUGUUCAAUACAAAGUCCUACUGUGACUCCACUGAGAUACAAAACCAGAGAGAGGAGACAGCAGCAGCAGCAGGGGUGGAGGAAGGGACACUAUCUCCACUGGAAAGGGACACAGGAAGGAGAGUGACACAAAGAGAUCAAAAGAGAGAAAAAAUGCAUAUUCUACUCUCAAACUGGAAGGGGGAAAAAACAUACAGACAUCUCAAACACACAACCUUACAGCUCUGCUCAAUCAGAAACUGAAAGACUGUGUUACAAUACAUCCAGAAGAGCUGAGGGAAAGCGAUCGAAUAGGUAGGAGUUGUCCACCAAUCCAGGAUCAGCUCAUUCAUUCAAUAAUACUGCUACAAGUCAUUGAUACUGUAGCUACAGCUUUCUUCAUUCAAUUAGACAGACAGUGCUUUAAAGGGAUUGACAAGAAGUCAGCAGGUGCCAGCUGGCCCAGACAGUACCAUACUGGAUUACCUCCACAACUGUCAUGACAUUCCAGACGGCAGGUUGAAAGGGUUCAAUUCACCAUAAAAGAUCAUGUCCCUUCUAUCCACACAUUUCUACAUCCAUGGACCUCUCCCACCCCCACCUGUGUGUUUACGUUACAUAGUUAAUGGACUUAUAAAAUGCAUUGUCUUUAAUCUCCUAGAAACCUGAGUUGCUCUACUACAGUAUUGCCAGUACACUUCAGUACCAGACUCAUACAGACUCCUCAUAGCGUCAUCCACACACAUGCUGCCAUCAAAUGCACCUCAGAACUGGGAAACAUAAGGUUCAGAGGAGUGCUGAGGAACAUUUGAAAGCAGCAACAUACACACUGGGCAAGCCACAGACUCGCUGUCCAGAUAACCACCACUUAACACUGGUCCAGGAUCAGGUUUCCCUUGGUGUCUGUAAAUGUUGAGGUGUGGCGUGGACAGGGCAGGCUGUACCCAGACUGGCCCAACAAAGCCAUGAUUGGACCUCAGUCCUGUCACUCUGGAUGUUGUGUCUGACUAGGAGGAGCUUGUCUCUACAUAGGGGGCGGGGUCAGUGGAGCUCUACCUGCUCUCACUCUUAUGACAUUACUAGUUUUGAAGAGGCUACCACAGAGUUUCUAAACCCAGAGAUGCAACAUCGCGAGUCUUCCGGGAUCGCUUGUGAAACAGACCAAGCAGACCAGGCCAGGGUUUGGGGUUGGUGAAGUCAAUUAGAGAAGUAAAAAAUUAUUCCUUAGUUGUUAAUUUUGUCGAAAUCUAAAGGCACAACCUGGAUUUGAGCCAAUGUCUUAAGUAGUUGAACG